AUAUAAGAUUAAAAAACUUAUUUAAAAAUAAUCUGUAUUCUAGAAAUAUCGAAAAAUAUACACCAUAACGAGGUGUGCUAGUGAUCGAAGCAAGCGCCCAUGCGUACUUCGAUUGAAAUUCUAAUCAGACUGUAGAACAAAAUCUGAUAUCGUGUUUUGUGCAAGCCGGGUAGAAAUUUAAUUUGUGUGUAAUUAUUUCGAAUAAUUUUUAAGAUGCAUCGUCUUCCAAGUGUAUUACGUAGCACUGCUUUCCGCCAGCUAUCAGCACGAUCAUACGCAAAGGAUGUUCGUUUUGGCCCAGAGGUUCGUGCCUUGAUGUUGCAAGGUGUAGACAUUUUAGCUGAUGCUGUUGCUGUUACAAUGGGGCCUAAGGGCCGCAAUGUCAUUUUGGAACAAAGCUGGGGUUCACCAAAGAUCACUAAGGAUGGAGUCACUGUAGCGAAGGGUAUUGAUCUCAAGGACAAAUUUCAGAAUAUUGGGGCCAAAUUAGUCCAAGAUGUAGCUAAUAACACCAAUGAAGAAGCUGGUGAUGGUACUACUACUGCUACUGUGCUUGCCAGAGCUAUUGCAAAGGAAGGCUUUGAAAAAAUAUCUAAAGGAGCAAAUCCCAUUGAAAUCAGACGAGGUGUUAUGCUGGCUGUUGAUGCAGUCAAAGAAUCUUUGAAAGGAAUGUCGAAGCCUGUUACUACCCCGGAGGAAAUUGCACAAGUUGCUACCAUUUCUGCCAAUGGAGACAAAGCUAUUGGAAAAUUGAUCUCAGAUGCAAUGAAGCGUGUUGGAAAGGAAGGUGUAAUAACGGUUAAAGAUGGAAAAACUUUACAUGAUGAACUUGAGGUCAUUGAGGGCAUGAAGUUUGAUAGAGGAUACAUUUCACCUUACUUUAUGAAUUCCAGCAAAGGUGCUAAAGUAGAAUUCCAAGAUGCCUUAGUUUUGUUCAGUGAACAAAAAAUUAGCUCAGUUCAAAGCAUUAUUCCUGCUUUGGAACUUGCAAAUACACAAAGAAAACCUUUAGUUAUCAUUGCUGAAGACAUUGAUGGUGAAGCAUUGAGCACUUUAGUUGUAAACAGACUGAAAAUUGGACUUCAGGUUUGUGCAGUAAAAGCACCUGGAUUUGGAGACAAUCGUAAGAACACAUUGGUAGAUAUGGCUGUUUCUACUGGUGGUAUUGUAUUUGGUGAUGACAGCAAUUUAGUCAAACUUGAAGAUGUGCAGCUUUCUGAUCUUGGCCAAGUUGGGGAAGUAGUAAUUACUAAAGAUGAUACUUUACUACUUAAAGGCAAAGGAAAGAAGGAAGCUAUUGACAAUAGAUGCCAAAGAUUGCGUGAUGAAAUAGCACACUGCUCCGGUGAAUAUGAAAAAGAAAAAUUACAAGAACGAUUGGCUAGAAUUUCAGCUGGAGUAGCUGUUCUUAAAGUUGGAGGAUCAAGUGAAGUAGAAGUCAAUGAGAAGAAAGACAGAGUUAAUGAUGCCCUAAAUGCCACCAGAGCCGCUGUUGAGGAAGGAAUUGUACCUGGAGGUGGCACUGCUCUUUUGCGUUGCAUUCCAAGCUUAUCUGAACUGAAAGCAGGAAAUGAAGACCAAUCAACAGGCAUUGACAUUGUUAAGAGAGCAUUGCGCAUGCCUUGCAUGACCAUUGCUAAGAAUGCCGGUAUGGAUGGUUCUGUUGUUGUUGCUAAAGUAGAAGAAAAUACUGGAGAAUUUGGCUAUGAUGCUUUACACAAUGAAUAUGUGAACAUGAUCGAAAGGGGAAUUAUUGAUCCCACUAAAGUUGUUCGAACUGCUUUAACUGAUGCUUCUGGUGUAGCAUCAUUGUUAACAACUGCAGAAGCUGUGGUCACAGAAGUUCCAAAAGAAGAACCUGCAAACCCAAUGGCCGGAAUGGGCGGCAUGGGUGGUAUGGGAGGAAUGGGAGGCAUGGGUGGAAUGGGAGGCAUGAUGUAAAUUGAUUUUCAUCUGCAGCUCCAAUUUUAUAUCUAAGUUGUCAUAGAAGCUUGUAAGUUUUAUUAUCCAAUUUUCCUCGAAAUCAUUUGUAUAUAAGAUUUUAACUUUCCUUUUUAGAAUUAACUUGAUAUAGAUAUAAGAUUAAGAGGAGAAUUGAAUAACAAAAUUUCUAGUAUAGUGGUCAUGUCAUGUUUAGUUAAAUUCAUAAAUUAUCAAAUACAAAAAACAUUGCCAGUCAAAAUGUCCAAA